UAUACCAUUACCCGCGUUUACGCGUAAUUGGUAGUGCUGCAUUCAUGUUACCAGUUUCGCAUUUGCUACAUCAGUGUCCGUUGCUACUUUAUGAACGCUUUGCAGUGCUAGAAGUUGUCUUCGUUGUUUCACUGAAGCCAGCCAGAUAACCGAAAUUCCAUUAUCAGGAUGGCCAAGUUGUCCGGUCGACACGGAAUGCUAGUGUUUACUGGUGGGAUGGAUGUCGCAUUUGGUGUUGUCUUCAUUCUGUUAGGAAGUGACUCUGUGAGAAUCUUUUCUCAUGGUGCAGUUGGAGUGCCAAUGUGGGCCGGUAUCGGCAUUAUCCUAGUUGGUAUCGGGAAUUUUGUAACAGUUCUGACAAGCGGUAAAAAGAAGAGGACGGAGUAUGUUAACAUCAACUUUGGUUCCUUGGUUCUGAAUUUGUUGGGGAUGACUCUGGCUGCCUGCCUGAUUGGUUUCUAUACCUGGGGAACGUGGGACGUGUUACAAAUGGGCUCCAGUGACACCUUGAUCCCGAACUCCACCAUAUCAUACUCCGACGCGAUUUCCAUCUACGCUACUGUCCUUUUGAUGGCUAUCUUUGUCUUCCUUCUGAGUAUGAUGGUGAUGUUCAUGGACUGUUGUAGCUCUGUUAUGUUUGGCGACGCGCCUGGAUCACGAGAUUACGGAUUACCGCCACCCCGGUCUCGCUCUAUGUAUGACGGUCCAUACGGAAUGCCCCCAUCACAUAUGUACAAGCCGUAAGACCCCGCCACAUCGGUGGUAAGACUUCGUGUAUAACAUACACGGACCCACGAGUCAUCUUCAAAAUGCUGUGGUCAAUAAAUUCAUCGAGUCGGACAAAAACACAAAGCAAAAAAAAAUGAAAUAAAAAGAUAAAAAGAUAAAAACAACUGCAUUGCCAUUUGGUGGCAGCAUCAAGUAGAACAAUCCCUAAUGUCACUUAUACUGAAUUAUUGUUGAAUCAAAGGAAAGGGUAAAAUGUUAAAAUAGUUUGAUUCUGGAGUUUAUCAAUUUGAUUGGUGUCAUGCAAUUUUAAUUUGCCUGUAUAUUGCAAAGUUAACGAGUGAUCAUAAUCUUAUGCACUCAGAAUAUGAUCUGGAAAGUAGAGGAAUGUAUAUACCAUUUUGUUAUUUCAGUGCUACUGAUCCCUGUGUAAUAUCUAUUCAAACUUGGCACAAUUCAUAAAUUGCUGACUACUUGUGUAGCAUCAUAUAAUUAUUUUGUUUUCAGUUUGAGUUUUCCGAUCAAAAAGGGUGUUCAGUUUGCUAACGAAGCGAGGAAAGUCAACUUGAAUGCUCAGUUCGGGAUGCUCCUAGCUAAUUUUUUUUUACUUAAGGUGUAAAAUGGGUGACAAAAUUUUUAAAUGAUUAAGAACACAUACAAGUCUUGUAUAAUCGCCAGUAAGUAUAAUAAUCGCUUUAUCUGAAUUACUUUAAAACUAUUUAAAACACUGUUUUAGACUCAGUACGAGUCCUGUGUCUAUAAUUCUUUGAAAAACUCCUUAAUUAAGAAAUACACUUUAAAUUUUUAAUUUUCUCCGCACGCAGGAGUCCCUAAGAAAGUGACAAUUGCAAACAUUUUUUUUAGAAAAACCGAAGCUUUGCAAAUGGAAGGAAUUCGAAACUGGCGUUUUGAAUAUCACAUUUUUGUGGCACAGUUACCCUGUAUAGCUGAUCUUAAUUCUUUUGUUGGAUUACACCUGGCAGGAACUCUUUAAGUUCAUAAUUAUUCUUAGCUUUACGCACAUGCCAUGAUCUCACAUUAUUUUAAUUUGAAGAAAUUGAUAAUUCAUUUGUGUCGAUUUGUGUCAAUUGAACAAGCUACUGGUUGCUCGGCUGUGGCAACGUCGUGAAUUACUGGUCUCAGCGAUUCAUCAAAAUAGUUCAAAGGAUUUGUGGCAAAAUAAUACGAAAAUCUGAAAAAAAAAUAAAUGUCCAAUUGUAACUUUUUAA